ACUGUGUGCUCAGAGGUCAUCUGGCCUUUGUCCCGUGACCCUCUGUGUAUGGGCUUAAGAGCUGUUGCCAGAAGACGCUAAUGCUGGAGAUGCUCUGGUGUUGUUACUAUGGGUAAAAACCGUCCUUUCUCCAAGUUUACAUCUCUAUUUGUAUCCUGAUUGUGGCACAGUUGGAAUCUGGGCUCCUCCAACGGCAUACCAUGGAUGCAAGUGGAGGAGAGGAAAGAGUAAAAUGGACAACCACUAUUAUUAUCAGCUCAUCUCUUAAGACUUGCGAAAUUGCAACUGCCCUAGAGACUCGAAGCCACAAGGUUCGAUAUUCAGACACACUGCAAAGAGGAUCGAUGGUGUUCUCUCUCUCUGGAGCUGCAUUUUUAUUGAUGGAUGCUAAAGAAUGUCUGAUGUCAGCUGAGGAAAUAUUUCUAACCAAAAUUGACAAGUUCAUUAGCAUUCACCAGAAUAGUUUUUUGGUUCUGUUUGCCCCACUCCAUGGGCCUGAAGAAUGGAAUCUCAUGUUCAAGAUUCAGCAGAGAUUCUUGGGCAGUAACUUACGAAUACUUCCUGUACACAACACAGUAAAUGCUGUUGACCUUAUGUGCACUAUUGCUAAGACUACCUCCAAACCAACCAUAGACAGCAUCUGCUAUAGAAUGAUAACAACCAAAGCUUACAUCAUAGAGCAAAGCCCUGUUUGGAGGACACUCCAAAAGAUAAAACUCAGUACUGAUUCAGUUAGUCCAAAUUCAGAGUGUUGAUCAUAAGUGUUCUUUUAGAAAACUAUCAAAAUAAUUAAACUUAUUAAAUUAUAAUGUCCAAAUGUCUAUUUAAGGGCAUUUAUAUUUAAAAUAAAAUGUAUACAUUUAAACAUGA